CGCAUGCGUCAACAGUCGCGCAGGAUCAUGGCAGAUGUGCGUAGUGAGUUGAGACUUAAAGAAUCUCAGAUAAAGCAACAGAUCAAUCAGAAACUGACCGAAUCGGGCGAGAAAGAGAGGUUGCAGGAGUAUCUUCGAAUGAGACUCAUUGAGUCCGGCUGGAAAGAUAAACUAAAAGAUCACUGUAAAGAGGUGGUCAAACAGAAAGGUUUAGACCGCAUAACAGUUGAAGAUCUUAUUGCAGAAAUAACACCAAGAGCAAGAGCGACAGUUCCUGAUGAAGUGAAGAGGGAUCUUUUGCAGAAGAUACGAGACUUCCUAGCAAAGAACUAACGAUUGUUUACGUACACUUUAUGUACAGUACACAAUGCCUAUGAGGUAAAUGCAUUAACUUCAGAUGUAGAGUAGAAAAGAUACUAGAUUGCAACUCUAACUGUUCAUGCUAUG